UCUUGAAAUCUGCCACUGAUCAAAGUUUGCUAUAAGUUUCCUCAAAGACACUUUAUGUGCAACUUUUAAUAUUUUUGUUGUGAGGACUUAAAAAAAUACACGGAGAGGACACUAGAGAUCUUAACAGUGACAUUAAUUCAUCUAAAGUCAUUCAUCCUCUCCCUCCCCCUUCCUUUUUCCAAGAAACAACUAAUCACAAACCAGGCUAGAAUUUCUAAAAAGAGGAGGAGGAAGAAAAAGAGGCGGAGUGGGGUAGGGGACUGAGUUUAGAAGGGCCAGAAUUUCUCUCAUUCACAGGGUGGAAAAGUUGACAUUGUCUAAGCCCUUCUGAAUGGCUGGUAGUUGGUUACCCUGAUUGUACCUCUACCUCCCCUCCCCCUCCACGUGACGACCCAGGACACAUGCGCACCCGACGCAGCCCGGCACAUCUGCAGACUGACGUCAGUGUGCUCUGCCUCCGAGGAAAAGCUGCCAAAAUUUUCUCCUGCUGCAAUUCAAGUUGGCUGGGGGCCGGUAGUGAGAUCUAGGGCUACUUCAACAAAACUUUGCUGCCCUUCCUGCUCCUCUUGUCUUCUUUUCUCUUGAUACCUUUUGAUGCUCUUCACAUGUUAUUUGCAUAGCAAAGGCACUAAGCUGUCCAGGAAGAGAGGGCACCACUUCCACCCCCAAUAAGCCUUUUUUCCCCCUUCCUUCCUUUCUUUUUUCUUUCCUUUUUUUUGGAGAGGGGGGGUCGAGAGAGAAAGGGGGUUUGCAAAAGCAGCAUCUCAGGAUGAUAGCCUGGAUGUGUUGAUGGCAUCUCUUUUAUUGCCAAAUCGGAAAGUCGGUUCUCUAAAGCCCAGUUUAGCCAGACUAUAGGGUUUUAUUCUGGCUGCAGAAUAAGUAACUGACUGCUGUGGCUUUGCAAAGGGGGGCAGAAAAAAAAAAAAAAAAAAAAAAAGAGGAGAGAGAGUACGUGAGUCGUCCAGUGCAAUCUCUAUUGUUUGAAACUUACUUUUUAUCAGAAUUUGAAGAUGAAAACGGUUAAAAAAUGGCCAUACUUUAGUAACUAAUCAGCCAAAUGCUUUGCUUAUGAAAAUUUUACCAUCAUUCUUUUUUCCCUAUUGGAUUGAAAAAAAUGAAUCCAGAUAUAGAAGAAAGUAUGGGAUGUUGGAAAAAAGUACCUGUUAAACAGUGGAACAUCUAAUAAUUAAUUUGCAAGAAAUUUUAAAGAAAUAAAAUUGUUAUGCUUCGAUUUUGGUAUGGUAUUGACUCUCUAGCACAUAGGUAGCCCUCCAAAAAAAUCAUCCAGUUUUCUAAAUUAUGGAAAUUUUGUGGAAGACGUUGACCUGGAUUUUGAGCCUCAUCAUGGCUUCAUCGGAAUUUCAUAGUGACCACAGGCUUUCAUACAGUUCUCAAGAGGAAUUCCUGACUUAUCUAGAACACUACCAGCUAACUAUUCCAAUAAGGGUUGAUCAGAAUGGAGCUUUUCUCAGCUUUACUGUGAAAAAUGAUAAACACUCCAGGAGAAGACGGAGUAUGGACCCUAUCGAUCCACAGCAGACAGUAUCUAAGUUAUUUUUUAAACUUUCAGCCUAUGGCAAGCACUUUCACCUAAACUUGACUCUCAACACAGAUUUCGUGUCCAAACAUUUUACAGUAGAAUAUUGGGGGAAAGAUGGACCCCAGUGGAAACAUGAUUUUUUAGACAACUGUCAUUACACAGGAUAUUUGCAAGAUCAACGUAGUACAACUAAAGUGGCUUUAAGCAACUGUAUUGGGUUGCAUGGCGUUAUUGCUACAGAAGAUGAGGAAUAUUUUAUUGAACCAUUAAAGAAUACCACAGAGGAUUCCAAACAUUUUAGUUAUGAAAAUGGCCAUCCUCAUGUUAUUUACAAAAAGUCAACCCUCCAGCAACGGCAUCUGUAUGAUCACUCUCAUUGUGGGGUUUCAGACCUCAUCAGAAGUGGCAAACCUUGGUGGCCGAAUGACACAUCUACUUUUCCUUCUUCACUACCAAUUAAUGGCACGCAUAUCCGCCACAGACAGAAGAGAUCAGUAAGCAUUGAGCGGUUUGUGGAGACACUGGUAGUGGCAGACAAAAUGAUGGUGGGCUACCAUGGCCGCAAAGACAUUGAACAUUACAUUUUGAGUGUGAUGAAUAUUGUUGCCAAACUUUACCGUGAUUCCAGCCUAGGAAACGUUGUGAAUAUUAUAGUGGCCCGCUUAAUUGUUCUUACAGAAGAUCAGCCAAACUUGGAGAUAAACCACCAUGCAGACAAGUCCCUCGAUAGCUUCUGUAAAUGGCAGAAAUCCAUUCUCUCUCACCAAAGUGAUGGAAACACCAUUCCAGAAAAUGGGAUUGCCCACCACGAUAAUGCUGUUCUUAUUACUAGAUAUGAUAUCUGCACUUAUAAAAAUAAGCCCUGUGGAACAUUGGGCUUGGCCUCUGUGGCUGGAAUGUGUGAGCCUGAAAGGAGCUGCAGCAUUAAUGAAGACAUUGGCCUGGGUUCCGCUUUUACCAUUGCACAUGAGAUUGGUCACAAUUUUGGUAUGAACCAUGAUGGAAUUGGAAAUUCUUGUGGGACGAAAGGUCAUGAAGCAGCAAAACUUAUGGCAGCUCACAUUACUGCAAAUACCAAUCCUUUUUCCUGGUCUGCCUGCAGUCGAGACUAUAUCACCAGCUUUCUAGAUUCAGGCCGUGGUACUUGCCUUGAUAAUGAGCCUCCCAAGCGUGACUUUCUUUAUCCAGCUGUGGCCCCAGGUCAGGUGUAUGAUGCUGACGAGCAAUGCCGUUUCCAAUAUGGAGCAACAUCCCGCCAAUGUAAAUAUGGGGAAGUGUGUAGAGAGCUCUGGUGUCUCAGCAAAAGCAACCGCUGUGUCACCAACAGUAUUCCUGCAGCUGAAGGAACACUCUGUCAAACUGGGAAUAUUGAAAAGGGGUGGUGUUAUCAGGGAGAUUGUGUUCCUUUUGGCACUUGGCCCCAGAGCAUAGAUGGGGGCUGGGGUCCCUGGUCACUAUGGGGAGAGUGCAGCAGGACCUGCGGGGGAGGCGUCUCCUCAUCCCUAAGACACUGUGACAGUCCAGCACCUUCAGGAGGUGGAAAAUAUUGCCUUGGGGAAAGGAAACGAUAUCGCUCCUGUAACACAGAUUCUAACCUUACCCUGCAGCAGAACCAGAUAGCUGAGAACAUUCUGAAACUACAGACCUUGCCCCCAGGGAGAGGUGUGGGGAAAUCCUUGUAUCCUGCCAGCCUGCCUAUCUCCUUUACGAAGAGGAGAGGAAUGGGAAAGGGGAAAAAGAAUUUUCGUGCUCUGCUUUCUUCUCACACUUUAUUACAUCCAUGUCCUUUGGGGGCCCGAGAUUUUCGAGAGAAACAAUGUGCAGACUUUGACAAUAUGCCUUUCCGUGGAAAGUAUUAUAACUGGAAACCCUAUACUGGAGGUGGGGUAAAACCUUGUGCAUUAAACUGCUUGGCUGAAGGUUACAACUUCUACACUGAACGUGCCCCUGCGGUGAUUGAUGGGACUCAGUGCAAUGCUGAUUCACUGGAUAUCUGUAUCAAUGGGGAAUGCAAGCAUGUAGGUUGUGAUAAUAUUCUGGGAUCCGAUGCUAGAGAAGAUAGAUGUCGUGUCUGUGGAGGGGAUGGAAGCACAUGUGAUGCCAUUGAAGGGUUCUUCAAUGAUUCGUUGCCCAGAGGAGGCUACAUGGAAGUAGUGCAGAUACCAAGAGGCUCUGUCCAUAUUGAAGUCAGAGAAGUUGCCAUGUCGAAGAACUAUAUUGCUUUGAAAUCUGAAGGGGAUGAUUACUAUAUUAAUGGUGCCUGGACUAUUGACUGGCCUCGGAAGUUUGAUGUUGCUGGGACAGCUUUUCACUACAAGAGACCAACUGAUGAACCAGAAUCUUUGGAAGCUCUAGGUCCCACCUCGGAAAAUCUCAUUGUCAUGGUUCUGCUUCAGGAACAGAAUUUGGGAAUUAGGUAUAAAUUCAACGUUCCCAUCACUCGGACUGGCAGUGGAGACAAUGAAGUUGGCUUUACGUGGAAUCAUCAGCCUUGGUCAGAAUGCUCAGCUACUUGUGCUGGAGGUGUCCAAAGACAGGAAGUGGUCUGUAAAAGAUUGGAUGACAACUCUAUUGUCCAGAACAAUUACUGUGACCCUGAGAGUAAGCCACCUGAAAAUCAAAGAACCUGCAACACUGAGCCCUGCCCACCUGAGUGGUUCAUUGGGGAUUGGUUGGAGUGUAGCAAGACUUGUGAUGGUGGAAUGCGCACCAGGGCAGUGCUCUGCAUCAGGAAGAUUGGACCUUCUGAGGAGGAGACACUGGACUACAGUGGUUGUUUAACACACCGGCCUAUUGAAAAGGAGCCCUGCAACAACCAGUCAUGUCCACCUCAGUGGGUGGCUUUGGACUGGUCAGAAUGCACUCCCAAAUGUGGUCCAGGAUUCAAGCAUCGGAUUGUUCUGUGCAAGAGCAGUGACCUCUCUAAAACAUUCCCAGCUGCACAGUGUCCAGAAGAGAGCAAACCCCCUGUCCGUAUCCGCUGCAGUUUGGGUCGCUGCCCUCCUCCUCGCUGGGUGACUGGAGACUGGGGCCAGUGUUCCGCUCAGUGUGGCCUUGGCCAGCAGAUGAGGACUGUGCAGUGUCUCUCCUACACUGGACAGGCAUCUGGUGACUGUCCAGAAACUGUUCGGCCCCCAUCGAUGCAGCAGUGUGAAAGCAAAUGUGACAGUACCCCCAUUUCCAAUACUGAAGAGUGCAAAGAUGUGAACAAAGUGGCUUAUUGCCCACUGGUGCUGAAGUUCAAGUUCUGUAGUCGAGCAUACUUCAGACAGAUGUGUUGUAAGACCUGCCAAGGACACUGACCCAUGGAAAGCCAGAGAGAGCGCCUUGUCAUUUCAUCAUGGAAAUGCGUCCAUCAAAGAGAGCCACCCAGAGGAAGAGGAUUGAUGGCCUUGCAAAUGCAUUACCCUGUGGAAAACGUAACCACUGGUCAGCCCUAGCUGACAGGAUUUCAAUAUUAUUUUAACUUCUGUGAAGUGGGAUUUAUUGAUCCAAAGUGCUGGACACGGUAUUAAGGAGGGAAUGCCAGAUCGGAGAGAUCCAAACAACACAGGGAGACUUGCUUACUGUGGAACGUUUGUGUUCUUUCGAGUAAAUCCAAUAGCCUGUUUACCUCCUUGGACCAUUAAGAUAUUUUUUAUUAUGGACUUAGCAAUGACACUGAAUCCAUUUGUAUUUAAAACUGUUUAAAAUGUAGCUGUUAUGACUUGGUCAACUAUGGAAGUAAAAGAAGAUUCAGAAAUCUUAAGUCAUAGCUUAAAAAUAUUUACUAUACUUUAUCUCACUACAACAGCACCACAAUUUAAAUUCUAAAACGGGCUUUUAAUUGUAAUUUAAGGAGCAAUUAUAAAUCAAAAGUAAUGAAAGUUUGUAUUAUUUUUCUUCAUUCCACUUAAUUUCCUUAGGAAUAAUCCCCCUGUUCUGAACACUGCUGUGAGCCAUGUAUAAACUCUAUUAAACCGAACAACAGUGAAGGACUUAGCUGAAGGCAGUGCAUCAGUUACUGCCGCUGUGCAAGUCUAUAAAUUCUGUGCUAAAAGACUGUGGCCAACUUGCCAUUGUGCAAGUGAAGCUGAGAUUUCCAUUAAAACUUUAAGCGAAAAACAUUUCGAUUUCAUGCAGAAGCCAGACCAGGGGUACGGUAGAGCCGAAGAACCAGGCCCUUUGCUGCCAUCACACAGGAUGCCUCAGUUCUUCUCUGAGUCACCCCACCUCAAUUGUGUUUACAUCCUCAGCGGCCACAGAGCAGCUUCUGCCCCGUUGGAUUGUUGCACGCGUGUUGAGCUUACUGAAAUGAUGCCGUGCAAAAGAUAGACUGGCUCAGUAACAACCAGGCAGAUCCUUUUGCUGACAAUUGUGAUGGGUUCCAGAUGUCCCUUCUUUGAUAUGGCAGAAGGGCAUUUAUUUAUAUGAGAGCAAGUGUGUGUGUGUGUGUGCGGGCGCUUUUGAGUGUGUGGGUUAGAUGAGUGUGCUUGCACAUAAAUGUGCUAUUUCUGUGAGUUUUAAAGUAGGCAAGGGAUAACAACCAAAGAAGAAAAACUCAUGAAGCCUAAAGAUCAUAAAGCAUAAUUUUAAUAGUCACUCAACCAACUAUUUUGUAUUUGUUAUGGAUACUCUGAAUGGCAAUUAAAUGUGAAACCAAGUUUCUUGGGCAAGUCAAUUCUAGAAUCAAAUCCAGAAUCCUAAAUUAAAUUGACUAGCUCAUAUUUUCCCUAUCCACAAAUAAUUUCAUAUCAUGCUCAUCAAAAGCUUCAACAGUGGGAUUAAAAGAAAGGUAAAAAAAAAAAAGAGGGUCCUUGUUUAUGUUUUGUACUUGAACACUUGUAGCUUGCAGCAGGUUCCUGAUGAAUGAGCUUUGUAUCCUACAGGUAUGUACACCGCGCUACACCAACACCUCAAACUCAAACCAAAUGGCUACUUUGUAAAGAUACUACUUGCAGUUAAAGAGUAUGUUUGACUUAAACCCGUCACUGUGUGUGCUCAGACUACAUGUCAGGUGUAUCGCCUACACCAUGACCUAAGGUAGAUGAUUAGCUUUUUUCAGAAAGGAAAAGAGACUCACAGACUUCAAAAACCAACCUAAAUGUCAGGUUUGCUAUGGACAGUCAGCACGGGAUGUUGUUCUGCACACUCAGUCGUGGUCAUCCCUAUUUUCUCGCCUGCUUUCUCUCUUAACACCACAGCUCACGUCCCUGAGCUUGCCAGAGAAAGCUCCUGACAAUACACAGAAAUUGCCAGGGCCCCUAUGUAUUCUGCCCUGAGAAGUCAAGCCCAAGUGCCAUCUAUUCAGUGAAGACGAGGCAGCCCAUGAGCAGCAUGGCCCCAGCACUGAAUUCCCUUGGUCCCUUGCAAAGAGCAGUUAACUUGGUGCUAAUGUGCCCUGGUGAAAUAAAUAAAAGAUGAGUGGUUUCUGUGGCAUUUUAGGCAUAGGUUUCCUGUUAGGAUCUGGUUUUCCCCACAUAAAUAUCAGCUCAUGUUUUUAUUCCAAAAAGAUUUCUUACAUUACUGACUUAAGUCUAUUCUACGCCUCACCUGGAAACUAACGUUGUGAGGACCAUUGCUCUGGGCUCCCUUGACUGACGUUAGAAGAGGGGGCAGCUGGUGCUGCAAGGCCAGGAGCAGAGAGCUUCCUGGCGCAGCAUCGGAUUAGUCUGCAAAACGAACCGAGCACAGAAUGUGACAGGACUAAACCUGAGUGGGGAAACAAAUCGUAUUCUACAGCACAUCACAAUACCGCUGCUAACUCUGUAGUCAACCACGUGGCUACGUGAUAUGCUCUCUUCCUAAAUGCUAGCAAUAGGAUUGUCAGUGGAGGCUGAGCCACCAUGGCAGGACUUCCCAAAAGUAGCAUGCUAUGUGGGCUACUUAGGGAGCCCCAAGGAAACUGGUACCCCAUGGCUGAGAGCAGUACCUGCCACUGACAUAAAGUCCUGCCAAAAAAGGGAAAGGUAAAUAUACCCAACUGAUGAAAGCCCUUGAGAUACAUAUGACUCCCCAAACAGUCCAUUUCGUUAGGAAUUUUAUUGGAGUGAAUGUCACAUAGGUAUCCUUAAUAAUACAGAAUGAAAUUACCUUUGUAUUAUUGUGAUUAGUUGUUGCUUAUUAUUUUAUACUCAGUAUUAAUGUGGUACACUGUUACUUUUUUUUUUUUUUGCUUUUGUAAAUUAUAUUCUAAUUUAUUGCCAUGUUUCCUAACACUUGUCCUACAUUCAUUCUCCUGCUUGUAAUGAAAAUGAAAAAGUCAUUGUAACACUUGAUGGAGUGAAAUUCCACACCAGGCACAGAUUUUUUUUUUUAACAUAGAUAAUUUAGUAAAAAUAAAAAUUCAGCUUGUAAGA